CAUGUCGCUGAGGCGGAUGAGGAGGUGAAGAAGACUCUCGGAUGAGGACGUGCAGGAAGUGAGGCUAAGCUAACGGCUAGCCCGCGGAGCUAACGUCAGCUGGCUGCUCGCUGUCUGUUUGGAGGAGCCACCUGACAGCCGAGCACAUGACUUCAGGCACAGUGCAGCUCGAGGUCUGAUCCCCCCGGUGUCGGUGUCUCAGGGGUCGUUUGGAAACACUGCAGAGUCACGGAGGGGCUGGUGACACAACAACAACAACAACACAACAACAACAACAACAUGUUUGCCAAGAAGAAGAAAGCACCUCAGCCCAGAGGCAAGGGCGCUGCUGCAGCCAGACAGAUGGGUCUGUUCAUGGACCCUGAGGAGAUGAUGGGUCUGGAGGAGAAUCUGGACGACUCAGACUUGGAGGCCGAACUCGCAUCCAUCACUGGAGAAAAAGCCGCUGUGAGAGGGAGAGCCAAGCAGAAGGGCAAGACCCCUCUGCCCAUGGACGACAUCGCUAGGAUGGCCGACGCGUGCAUGAGAGAUGUGGAUGACGAUGAUGACUUGGAAGAUGACGAAGAUCUGUUGGCGGAGCUACAGGAAGUGGUGGGUGAGGAGGAAGCUGAGGAUGUAGCAACUGUUUCCUCAUCUUCUACCACCACUGAUCUCUCUGAAGCUGCAACACAAGAGUCUGCACCAGCGCAGCAGCAGGAAGUAAAGAUGUCAUUGGCCCCGGGCGGCCUAGAGGGCCACCUAGAGGAGAGGAUAUGCAUGUACAAGACGGCCUCACACAACGCCAAGAUCGCAGGAGAGACCUCGAAAGUGCGGAGGUUCAAUCGCGGUCUGAAGACUCUGGAGGCGAUGCUGGCUGGGUUGAAAAGGGGGAGGCCUGUGGACGAGGCAGAAAUCCCCCCCCCUGUCGCCACUGGAGCCCAGAGAGACGCCCCUCCUCCCGCUGUUCCUGCACGACCUGCGCCCCCUGUACCAUCGAGUCCCGAAUCUCCAGAUCAGUCGGAGGAGUCGGACGCCACUACGCCAUCGCCUGCUGCACCAGAGGUCGUCACGCCAACCAGUGACGAGAAGCAGUGGUCCUCCGCCCCCCCGUCCCAUCUGAGCAGCGUCCCGUCUCCAGAGGAGCAGACAGAGGAACCUGCUCUGGUGUCGCAAUCCGGUCAGACAGCUGCGACCGCGGCGACCAAGGCGCUGCUGCUGGAAAGGCAGAGCGAAUUCAAGAUGGCCGCUCUAAGAGCCAAGAAGCAGGGGGACCUGGAGCAAGCGAAACUUUACUUCAAGACCGGCAAGAGGUUCGAUGCAGUGAUCGAGGCGUUGGAGAAAGGACAAGAAGUCGACCUGAGCGGCCUCCCUCCAUCUCCAGGACAGGGUUCAGGAGGAACCUCCCUUCCAGUGAAGGAACAGACCUCAGGUCCAAACACACAGGUCACCCAACCAGCGGCUGCACUUCCAGCCGCUGCAGCCUCGUCCGUCCCUGCGCCUCCCAGAGACGUGCUGGAGGCUCUGGAGCAGAGACGAGCCAAGUACGUGGAGGCGUCGGCUCAGGCUAAAGCCGCUGGAGACGACCGCAAGGCCCGGAUGCACGACCGCAUCGCCAAGCAAUACCAGAGCGCCAUCCGAACUCACAAAGCAGGAAAACCUGUGGACUUUGACGAGCUGCCGGUUCCCCCUGGAUUUCCUCCAAUCCCAGGCCAGAGAGCUUCAGCGGCUGAGCACAGAUUUGUCGCGGCUCUGGAGGCGGCCAGUAAGAUCGUUGAUGCAGAUUCAGCCGAACCUCCAGAGGAAGAUGAGGAUGAGGAGAAAGAAGAAGAGUCGAAGUCGGCUGUUCCAGAAGAGACAAAGAAACCAUCGUUAGACGUCCCCACCGCAGGUCAGGGACGGAAGAGGACUCCUUCAGCUUCUCCUGACAGAUCCACUGCAAGAGAAGGAAUCUCCCCAACAGGGGUUCAGCAGCUGGAGUUCCUGGAGGGUCGGAAGAAGCAGUACCUGAAGGCCGCUCUGAUUGCGAAGCAGAAGAACGACCUGGAUCAGGCCAAGAGUUUCCUCCGCACCGCCAAGGGCUUUGAGCCCAUGAUCGAGGCGGCACGCAGCGGGAAGUCUGUGGACAUCAGCACGGUGCCGUCGCCCCCUGGUGAUGAAGACGAGGACUUCAUCCUGGUGCAUCACAGCGACGUUCAGGGCUCAGAGAAAACCGAGCCGGUGUACACACAACUGGCCAAGAUCCUCAAAGAGCAGCACGAGAAAUGUAUGACUCACUCCAAACAGUUCACGCACCUGGGGAACAUCUCCGAAACUACAAAGUUUGAGAAGAUGGCGGACAGUUGUAAGAAGAGCCUGGAGGUCCUGAAGCUGGCUCAGUCGCGGGGUCUGCCUCCUCCCAAGCAUCACUUUGAGCAGAGGUCGUUUCACACGGCCAGGAUAUUUCCCGAGCUGAGCAGCACUGACAUGGUUGUCGUCAUCGUGAAAGGAAUGAAUCUUCCAGCACCGAGUGGAAUCCAAACCAACGACCUGGACGCGUAUGUGAAGUUUGACUUCCCGUACCCGAGCAGCGAGCAGCCGCAGAAACACAAAACAUCCGUCAUCAAGAACACAAACUCUCCAGAUUACAACCAGAGCUUCACGCUGACAAUCAACCGCAACAACCGCAUCUUCAGGAGGGUGCUGACGUCCAAAGGCUUCAAACUGGAGCUGCUGCACAAAGGAGGUUUCCUCCGGAGCGACAAGCCGAUUGGGACGGCCCACGUGAAGCUGGACAAGCUGGAGUCCCAGAGCGAAAUCAGGGAAAUCGUAGAGGUGAUGGACGGUCGUAAACACACAGGAGGUCGUGUGGAGGUGAAGAUCCGCAUGCGGGAGCCUCUGAGCGGCCAGGACAUGCAGUCGAGCACCGAGCGCUGGCUGGUGAUCGACAAGUCCCAGGUUGUCGUUUAGAAAAAGCUACAGAAUUAAAGAUAACUCACAGGAUACAGAAACACUCAGAGGAGGUGAAGAGAGACGAACGCUCUGUUGUUCAGACGCAGAACAACGUGGCUCUUUUCACAAAAAAAAAACACACACACAAAAAAAAACGUUUGCACAUUAGCCAGACACGAGCAGAGCGGUUCACAGAGGGUCGGCUUGACCUCGUGUCCCUCCUCCUGCUGGAGGACGGCAGCGUGUCCCGGGCUCAGUGUCGAGCCCCCCCCCUGAUCCUGCUGCCCGACUAUAGUUAAUAUAAUAGAGAGAAAAAGAAUGUGUUCAUAUUCUUCAUAUUAUACAGCUCUGGUAUCUAGAACUGCACCUAUGCACUAAUACCAAAGUAAUCACUGUUGCUGUAAAAUCCUGCAUAUUUGAAAUCGCCUUUAGCUGCCAAACCUGCUACGACACGACGGGUUCAUGUGUGUGUGUGAGUCGUCAGGGUUCUUCUUUAUUUCCCCACACUGCUCCUCCGCUUCUCAGUGAAGCAGCGACAUUACACAUGUUCUACAGGAGCAAGCCAAGGAAGAGGUACGAUUAUUUAACAGUUAUUUUACAGACCGCACUCCCUGUUGUCACCUUUCACUGAUUUAGUUGCUUUAGUUGUGUUAGACUGACAUGUUUGUUUACAGCACAAAUCUGCGAAACAAAGGUUUGAACAGAUUCGUUAUUUCGUGACUUUGAAGGAAGAUGGAGGACAGCGACGCUUCUCCACUUUCUCCCUUUGUGAAAAACUCUAAAAACUCGUGGCUACGGGUUCUGUCAUCUUAAGUUAGUGUUGAGCUCCUCAUCUUCUUAAAAGAUCCGGAACUAUUUGUUUUUCUAAACUAUGCAUCAGUUCUCUCACGUGGUGGAAACUGAAUGUUGAGACAAACCCGUCGGCGUCUUGAAGGGACGGUUCACCCGGAUUACAAAGAGGAAAUGUAGCAACUGGAAUUUAUUCAAUGUUAAUCAUCUUAAUUUUGCAAGUCGUUUGUUUUUUUGGGGGGGAUGGAGAAAUACACUUAUUUCACUGGGAUCUGUAACAAAAGAUAAACUUGAUACUAAAGAAUUUAGCUUCUGCCCAUCGUGUCACUAAAAUUUAAAAUACAUAAAAUAAGCCUGUUGCCAUUGGAUACACAUUUAAAGGAAGAACUUUCUAUGAAUGUAUUUGUUUCCUGCGGAUUUCACUGAAUCUAGAUAUUUGAUCAACUUGAAACUGGAUUGAAAACGUGACCUUUAGCUUCCUUCAGCUCAUUGUUUUGGUUCCUCCACUUCCUAAGCAGAACUUCGAGAUGAGCCGGUGAACAGAGUGAAGUCUUUAGCAGCUAAAGAGUAAAACAUUUCCCUCAGCAGCAGGUGACGAGCGAAUACUGCACGUGAAUUAGUCAGGUGACCAGAAACAAGAGUCCCAAUUAACACCCUGAGAAUAUAUUUCUUUAAUUUGAGUGAACUGACCCUUUAAAGCUCGACUUCCACCUUUGAAAUGAAAAAGCUGACGAAAUACGCAGAAAAGAAAUAAAGAUCCCGAAUCGACCACGUGAAUUAAUUUUCCAAUAGUUUUAGCUCAAUGUCGGCAAAAUCAUCCGGUUAUCAACCGUUACCAUGGUCACAACAUUUCUGUUAUCGCUGUCAUUUACUGCACUUUCUAGUAAAACAUCAUAAAUCUGUGUAACUGACAUGAAAUCUACUCAACACUUUGUUCUAAAUAAUUAAAACACUGUUACCAAUC